AGCCUCAUCUUCCUCUCGACUUCCUCUGCUUCCCUGAGCGCCACACGUUCAUUCCUCGUACGCCUCACCCUCCCCACACUCUCUUGCUCCCCGUAAGCUUCGGCGUAUAUCGCCUCUACCCCAUCCUCCCCCUCUCCUCGCGCUGCGGAUCAUGUACCACGGGUCGAUAAAGCAGGAAACUUCGGGCGUCACACUUCUCGACACGCAACACCACGACUUCUUCCAUCGACCACACUCUUCAUGUCCACCCUGACCUCCUCCUCCUCUCCUUCCACCUCUCCGCGCUCAUCCUUCCACAUCCAGCGCUCCUCCGCCUCCUACUCCGCUCCUUCCCCGGCCUCGACCGGCCCUUCGCCAAAAACGUGGUGGCCAAUCUCCGCAGGCUCCCCCUCUCCGCGACGCGCCUUCAAUGCGCGGUCCGCCCUCUCGUCCUCCACCACGUCUUCCCUCGCCGGUGCCAAGGCGCCAAGAGAGCGUUACGUCGAGUCGUCUUCGGAGGAGAAGGGUUCGCGAUACGUGGAUGCAGGCACACAGUACAGCCCUGACGGCUAUCCUCCUACCUACAGCCACCAGGGGAAUCCUGCAUCGCGCGUCACAGUCCUGCAGGACUCGACAACUACCCUCGAUUCGCCGUCGACAAGCAAGAAGCGGAAGGAGGUCGAUCCUCCACACUCAAUGAGCACAUCCGCCACCUCCUCCACUGCCUCAUCGGGUCGCCCAGCAUCCCCAAGUGAGCCGGAAGUUCGACGAGAUCCUUCUGCCCCACAAAGCGGCGUACUACAAUCUUCAUCCACAGGUCCAGCUCCCACAGAGCUCCAAGAAGCUCGCUCGACCCAUGGCCACUCCUCCAACCCCAAACGCUCUAAGCCGGAGCCCGGCAAUACCAAGGUCAUGCCGCUCCUAUACCAGAACUGCAACGCGAAAGAGCUUGGCCAGCUGAUAGCAAACAUGCUGAUGGAAUUACUGCGGCUAAACGAUCGCAUACCGUUGCGCGACGGUCGUCUCACUCGCUUCCACUCUCGCGCUCCCCCGGGCAUAAGCGUGAGCGACUACUUACAACGUCUCAUCCACCACGCCACCCUCUCCCCUCCCAUCCUGCUGAGCAUGGUGUACUACAUUGAUAAGCUCUGUCAAGUCUACCCCAUCUUCACCAUCAACUCCCUCACCGUCCAUCGCUUCCUCAUCACCGCUGCCACCGUGGCUGCCAAAGGUUUAAGCGACUCCUUCUGGACUAAUCCUACGUACGCAAAGAUUGGCGGUAUUCCAGUGACGGAGUUGGCAACACUCGAACUCGAUUUUCUGGAAAAGGUGCAAUGGAAGAUUGUACCGAGGCCGGAGGUGUUGGAGGACUAUUAUCGGAGUUUGGUGGAGCGGACAGAGGGUUACAUGUUGGAGGGAGACGACGGAGACUCCCGGCAUCCGAGUUUGGAGGGAAGUGAGGAGGGGGAGAAGAAUGGGGACGAGCAGAUGACGGAUGAGCCGACUUGAGGAGGACUCGUCAUCAGAGAGGAAUGAAGUCAUGUUUCAAUCUGCAAAUGCUCUCAGGCUACCCAAGCAGAUGAUGCUGAAGAACGAAGCUGGGAUGGUGCUGUCGCUCUGGCGCUUGCGAGAGCAUGUUACGGCGCGUUGAGAUGGUCCUUGAUGCUCCAGGAGCGGUUCUGCUUCUCAUCGAAGAGUAUAGGGCCGAAGUACGCUCUUCGACUCUUUAGCAUGAGGACCAUACUCAUCAACACUCAUCGAUAGACAUACAUCACUGUAGGAAAUGGGAAACGCGAAGUGUGCAGAGAAAUCAAGAAUUCACA